AUGUCAGAAGAUUCUAAAUCAAACGUUACAGAAGAUGAAAUAGAAGACUUUGAUCUAGCGAACACCUUUCAUUCUAGUAGUUUUGUAGCCCCACAAUUAUCUCGAGGUAGCACCCCAAGAACCUCCUAUGAGCGCCAAAGAAGUUUAGGUGGGUCAUUGCCCAUCCCUAUAGAUAGCAGUGACCUCGGCACAAUAAAAUGUGUAUCAAUAAACGACGUUGACGAGCUCUCUUGCAGAAACAAUGAAUUUUUAAUCUUUCAAGGAGAAACUUCAGAUCCCUCAGAUAACAUUGAUGUCCAAAUUGAUGCAGAAAGUCAAGUCCGCACUUCAAUUUCUGAAAAAACCACAGAAGAGCUUACCGAUGAAAAUGAAAAAUUAAAAUCUCUUGUAAAAGACUUUUACCUGAAAUCUCAACACAUGGAAGAAGCUCUUACCCCCCCUCCCCACUCCGUGAGUGAACAAAAAAAUUUUGUUCACUCACGGAGGGGGGUUUAUUUUUUGUUUUCGAAAUUUAAAAAAAAAUCCUAAUUCACAAAAAUUGGAAAGCAAAUACUAAUUUAAUUUAUAAAAUUUAUGUUUUAAAACGCAAUUUGUUUAAAAUGAAACAGAAUUGGCUCUAGAUUUCAUUAUGCUAAUUAUCACUUAUAUAUCAACAUAUUUUUCCAUAAAAAAUUUUUUCUAUUAAAAGAUUUUUGUUCACUCACGGAGGGCGGGCUUUUGGGCAAAAAAUGGCGAUUUUUCUAAUGGUUUUGUUCACUCACGGAGGGGGGGAUUAAAGAAAAAGACUCAGAAAUAGAAAAAUUAAAAAUCGACUACGAGAAUGAAAUAGAAACUUUGAAAUCCUCAAUAUCGAUGAUGGAGGAAAAGCUGUCCUUGAAAAAGAAAGAAUAUUCUAAAUCAACUACUAAGCUUGAUGAAGAGAAUGAAGAGCUAGAAAACCGAGUUGCUUCUUUAGUAGAAAAAAUAAAGUCACUUGAGAAAGAAAAUGCUCAAUUAAAUAAAGAAAUUUCUGCUUACCAGAAAACAAUACAAAAUUUAGAGGCAGAAAUGACAAACGUUUGUGAAGAUUCAUAUUCAAGUGCAAAUGAAAAAAUACAGGAUCUUGAAAGACAAUGCAAUUCUUUGCAAAAUCAACUGAAAAUGUCAAAGCAGGCAUUGUCUGAAAAGUCAGAAGAAAAAGAAAAAAUCAAUGAAAAAUUGAUGCAGGCAAAAGAAGAGUUGAGCAAGAAAAGCGAAAUUUCUGAUAAAGAAAAAAGGACACUCACCGAGCUUGUUUUAAGCUAUAAAGAAGAGAUUGAAGAAAUGAAGCAUAAAUUGGAAAAGCAAGAAAGUUCAGCAACAAAAUCAAAAGAGGAUUUACAAAAUGAGCUUCAAAAUAGAGUGCAUAAACUUAUACAAGAAAAAUCUGAACUGGAAAACGAAAUUAGAGAACUUAGAGAUAAUAUUGAUAUUAAUAGGUUAUCUACCAAUCAAGAUAGCUCGCUACAGGAUGAAUUAGGCCAGCUUAGUGAUCGAAGCUCGAAAGGAAACACCCCUAGAUUUUUCCACUUUGACUAUAAAAAAGACUUAGAAAAAGAUGCUUUAAUCAACGCAUUAAAGGAAGAAAAUUUGUCAAUGAAAAAGGAAUUCGAGACUUUGGGUAGAAAAACUCAAAAAAUUAAAUUACUAGAAGAAGAAAAUCUCAAACUUCAAAAUAGGCUUAAAGAGACAGAAUGUGUAGCCAUUCAAGCCAGUAUAAACUACGCUGAAGCAGCCACUGAUCGAGACAACUACAAAAUGAUGUAUCUAGAGCUGAAAAAUGGGAAAAAAGGCUGGUUUCGGAGGUAG